AUGGCGCAUGGCGCCACCCCUCUCAGCGAGGACCCCCAGCAUGAGGACGCUGCUGAAGGUGCGGUUGCCGCCCUCGGGUCCCACUUGGAUCUCCUGGCGCAGCUGGUGCAGCACGCGGCGUUGGGCGGUGGCCUGCAGGUGCUGGCCGCACCCCUGCGCGCGAGCAGCGCGCAGUUGAGCCGCGGGCUCGAGAAUCGCCGGGAGCCCUGCGGAGAACCCGCCAGCGACAUCAGCCUAAAUCUUGGCGCGGCGUCGAGAGGCUCCGAGAACUCCUGCGCCCCCUGCACGGCCCCCGAGCGCAAGAGGCCUGAUUCGCUGGAGAUCGCGGCCUCGAUGAAGUCCGAGUUAGAGUCACCGAGCAAGCCUUCGGAGGGGACGAGCAAGUCGCCUUCGGAGGGGACGGCUCCGAAGGUCCCCAAGUGGGCAGAGGAUCAGCUCGUACUGCGGGAGCUGCGCUCGAAGUCUCGUACAACGAACCUCGCAGACCUCGAAGCGGACAACACGCUGGUCGAGAAUGCGUCCCCGGUGUUCCGCUACCUCCGGGGCAUAGUUGGUAACGCGCGAUACGAACGGCACGGUGGCGGAUUUUGGGCGGCAGUUGUGACGGUGAAUACUCUCACCAUGAUUCUGGAAGAGGAGUCAGCGGGUAUAGAGUUUGGCCAUCGCCUCGGCAUCUACGAGAAGUACGGCUCGAUCGAGUACAUGGACGAGUGGUGGCCAAACGCAGGCGAGACCUUCUUCGCCAUCGACUGUGUGCUCUCCGUGAUGUUCACCAUUGAGCUGAUCUUGACAUUCACGUACGACAUCUGGAACGCGCGGCUCGGCGCCGGGGCCCACUUCCGGCAACCUUUCUGGACGAACCCGUGGGACUGGCUGGAUUUCGCGAUCGUGGUCGUAUCCAACUUGUCGCUCGUCGCUGGCCUCGGUGACGGGCCGGUAUCCAAGGCCCGGUUCUUCAGGGUGUUCCGCUUGGUUCGCCUCCUCAGGCUAGUGCGGCUGGUUCGGAAGAUCAAUUCCCUGGAUCCGCUGCACUUGAUGACAACGGCCAUACAAGGCUGUCUGGGGGCUCUCAUGUUCUCCACGCUGCUCCUGCUCCUGAUUCAGAGCAUGUUCGCAAUGAUGAUGGCACAGGUCAUGCGGUACGGCUGGCUCUCUGAGGGGUCGUCGACAUUGUCGGAGGCCGUCCAGCUGCAGCUGGCCGGCGAAUUCCGAUAUUUCGGCACGUACACCCGAUCGAUGGUGACCAUGUUCGAACUCAUGCUAGCGAACUGGCCCGAAAUUUGCCGUUUCCUCAUGGAGGAAGUGCACGAGAUAUUCGGAUACUUCGUCGUAGGCUAUAAGCUCUCCAUCGGCUUUGCAGUGGUCGGUGUGAUAAAUGGUGUAUUGUAUAAACAUUCUCGGUGGCACAGAAUGACGAGUUCAUCAUGGUGA